AUGAACUGUCCAUCCUGGCCCCCCUCCGGCAAUGCUGCAGGUGGGGAGCUCUCCACCAGGAGGAGAAGAGGCACAGGGGACACAGAGUCCAGUAAGAUCAACGGGCUGCUGGAGAGCAAGACGUACGACACCUAUGCCUCUUCAUCUGGGUACUCCUCAGAAGAUGACUACGCCGGUCACUUUUACUCAGGCCAGAGUAGCUCUGGGUCAGGGCUGAGGACUGCAGCCUCCCGGGUGGGCUCCUUCCUCUGGCAGGUGCUCACCUCCCCGGUUCGGUUCGUGGGCUGGCUGUUCUCUGGGCUGGCAGCUGCCUGGCACCGCCUCACCGGCAUGGCUCCCCACCUGGGCGGCGUCCCCUUUUCCAGGCGUUACCCACGGCUGAAGAGGUCCCUGCUUCUGCUGCUGCUCCUCCUGCUCCUCGCUGCUGCCGCCUAUGGAGCUUGGUACUUCUACCCGUAUGGGCUGUCGACACGCAGCCUCCCCGCCUUCCCGUGGUGGGGAGCUGGAAAGCUUUCCUCCUCCGAAGUACCUGGGGCAGGGGACCUGACCACGCUGGACCAGGGGCUGCGGGGGGAGCACCGGCUCCUGGCUCGCUUCCAGGCCCUGGAGAAGCGCUUCGAGGCGCUGGAGGGCGAGCUGGAUGCCCUCCGAGCCCAGGUGCAGAGGGACUUAGAUAGGCGUCUUGGGAAGAUGGCACAAGCCUCUCAGGAGAUGGAGGCGCGCUUGCUGGAGCUGAACUCGGAGUGGCAGAGCUCAGCACAGGAGGGCCUGCGAGGGAGCUUCCAGCAGGAGGUGGGCAAGCUGGAGCAGGAGGUGGCAGCGCUGAGGAGGGAGCUGGCCAGCCUCAAGUUGGACCAGGAGGUGAUGGGGAAGCACGUGGAGGGGAUGCAGGAGCAGCUGAAGGCGGUGCGGGCUGACGUGGAAGGGCAGUUGCCAGCGCGGGUCAGCCGGUUCCUGCCGCAGCCCCAGCGGGACGGCGCCACCAGCCUUGUCCUCCAGCGGGAAGAUUUGCAAGCGGAGCUCCAGGCCCUGGAGCGCAAGAUCCUGGCCAAAGUUCUGGAGGACCGGAGGCUGUCGGCACGGGAUGCUCAGGCCGGCAUUGGAGUGGCCCUGCGGCAAGGGGGGACCGCAGGGGUGACAGAGGAGCAAGUGCAUCUCAUUGUGGGUCAAGCCCUGAAGCGCUACAGCGAGGACCGUGUGGGGAUGGUUGACUACGCUCUGGAGUCGGCAGGGGCCAGCGUCAUCAACACCCGCUGCUCGGAGACCUACGAGACACGGACGGCGCUGCUGAGCUUGUUUGGCAUCCCCCUGUGGUACCACUCACAGUCCCCCCGUGUCAUCCUGCAGCCAGACGUCAACCCUGGGAACUGCUGGGCAUUUUGCGGGUCCCAGGGCUUUGCUGUCAUCCGCCUCUCUGGCACCAUCCGCCCCACGGCUGUGACACUGGAGCACAUCCCGAAAGCCCUCUCGCCCCAGGGGACCAUCCCCAGUGCCCCCAAGGACUUCGCUGUCUAUGGCUUGAAGGAGGAGCGAGAGGAGGAGGGCCUUCUCCUAGGGCAGUUUACCUACAACCAUGACGGUGACCCCAUCCAAACGUUUUACUUGGAGGGUGAUGCUGUGGGCAUGUACCAGCUGGUGGAGCUCCGGGUGCUGAGCAAUUGGGGCCACCCCGAAUAUACCUGCAUCUACCGCUUCCGUGUGCACGGGGAGCCGGCACACUGAUCCCUGGCUCCCAUGCAGGACGAGGAUGCUGCCGGGCCGACAGCAGGAGGGGAUUCGUCCGGUUUGCUGCUUCGCACGUAGAAAUCCUGGGAUGCGCCAGCAGCCGCCCUGGGAAGCUUCUCCCCUCUGGGGAGAAGAGCUGGUGUUUAAGGGGCAAGGCUUUCACUCUUCCAAGGACUGGGGUGGUGAGGCAAGAGCAUCCCAUGUGGGUCCUAGCGCAGCCUGGCUUGUUUUCAGUGCGUAUUGGACAUUUUAACUUUUUAAGCUCAUUUUUUAUCAGGUCUGCGCAGCCCCUCGUCCCCGUUGCCCCGCUCCUCUCUGACAGCGUGCCUGGCGUUGCCGGGGCUUGGGAAAGGGGUACGUAGUUUUGCGAUGUGCUUCACGCGGGCUUGGGUGCGAUAUGGCAUAUGGGACUGCGGUGACUGGCUUGGUGCCGCUGGAGUAGGUGGGAGCCACCAGUCCCAGCCACCGAGUCUCUCCCCUCCACGUGGGGUCACUUCUCCUGCCUUGGCGUUGGUUUAGGUAAAGAUCUCCAGCCCUCUGAUGCUGGGCCGGCAGAGGGGAAAUAAGACAGUAUUAAUGAAGUAUUAACAUAAAACUAAUGGUUUGGGGCAGCAGGGGGGGAGAAAUUUGGCACGUGUUGGUGGCAGAGCCCGCCCCUGUGCUGCCAUCCGUCCGCUCGAGCGAGCCCUCCUGCCACCGGUGGCUUUGCUGGGUCUUGGCAAUGCUGUUGGCCCCCCUGGCUGGCCGGCUCCCCUGUGUUAAGCUUGACAAUGCUAUUGAAAACUCCUGUUGCCCGCUUCCCCUUUUGGGUUUGUUCUCUGUUGUUUUUUCUUUAGUUGUUUUGUUUUUAAGGGGGGCAGGGAGGGGGGGUAUCUUCCAGUUGGGGUGUUGGCGAUUUUUUUUUUUGUAGUAACAAAGGAAAAAAGACUUUUUCCAUGCAAUUUCUACUUAACCGGAGAACUCUAUGUGGUGCCACUGGAGCGAGUGGCUUAGAUGCGGAGAGGGCUAGAGCUUUGUUCAGUAGGAGAAUAGCGCGUGCAGUAGGAUAAGCUAGAAUAAGAUGAGCAGAGCUGUUUAAAAUAAAGGUUGUCAGUGGCUUGGUAGCCGGACCUGGGAGACAAGGUCCUCUGUGGACUGCUGCUCCGUGGGGUGCUGGAGGCACUUCUGCCCUCCUUGCUCCGGAGGUGUCCUCCGAGACUGCAAUGCGUGGCUGUAGCCUCUCGCCAGUGGCUGUAUCUGUAUAUAGGUGACUGUUUGCAGCGAGCGGGAAUUGCUGCCCCAGUUGCUCUGCACAACUCUCUGUGCCUCGGUGGUCUCUUGGGUGGGAGAUGGGGCAAUCCCCAGGGCUUGCAGGUGCCAGCAUGCUUCUGCACCUUGGGGAGCAACAGGGCUUCCCCCCACCUGCAGUGCUCAGGGCUGCCGCUGUCACCUCCUGGUUCCUGAUGGCAGAUGGCUGGUGCAGGCUGACCUCCUUUCUCUUGGAAGGGCUGCCUUUCCCUCCUGCCUCUUUCUCACUGGCAUUGCUCGGUUCCCUGAGCCCUGGCUGCAGAGGACUGUGCUGGAGCAGGAUGGGGAGUUCUGCCUGCAGCGGGCACAUAAAUCCUGCCUGUACCCAUGGUAUGAUGGGGGAGCUGUGGCAGGGGACUGCAGGAAGGGUGCACAGGGACGUUGCCCAGGCUGAGGAGUGCCAGGUCCGUCUGGCCACUCCACCUUCUGGCUGCCUGCAUCACGCUUGGUUUGGCUUAUGUUCUUGGAUGGCACUUACAGCCUCCACGUUUGUCUUGUGUUUCGUUGAAAGAAAAGCUAAAGGGCUCAUCUUCAGCCCUGUAUGAUGCUGGCAUCAUCCUUCCCCUGGCACCGCAAGCACUAGGGGAGCACUGUGUAUUGAUUCCCACUCUGGUCUUCUCUGCUUGAAGCACUGUAGGGUGAGGGGCAUGGAGGAGGGGAAGGAACUGAAGAAGUGUCUCCCUUCAGCAUCCCCUGAUGUGCACUGGGCAGAGGCGCUUGAGCCCUGACCUGCUCCAUGCCAGCCAGAAGGGAUGAGGAUGAUGGCAGCAUGUGCCUUCUGGAGGGGUCUCCUCACUCCAAGCAAGGGAAGUGAGCAUGAAGGGCGCAGCCCCAUCUCCAACAGGUUAAAAAUUACCCUGUGGAGCCCUCCUGCAGAGCUGGGAGGCCCUGCUGCUGGGAGAAGGCAGACCUGCAGCCAGAUCCAGUGACGAUAAAUUCUCUCCUAUAUUGAGCACAGUCUUAAUUCUUGGCAUCCACAGCCAAAGUUAUUUUAAACUUGUCUACAGCUGCCCACUUGCCUUGGAGUACAUGGAGUUGUGCUUUUAUGAAUGCCUAGACCUGUCCUGGGCUUGGCAGAGCAGCUCCUCUAUUUAAUUGAAUGAUAGAGAGCAGAGAUGAAGCUCUCCCCCUUCCCCAGGGGUUCUCUGGCUGCUGGAGCAAAUGCCAUAACCAUGAGGCUGGAAAACCCCUCUUCUUAUGUCCCUUCUGGCUCCCUGGCCUCUGGGUUGGCUGUCAUUUACCAAAAAAUUAUUUUGUGGCAAAUCAGGCAUGCUGGUGAGAGGUGGGAACAGGGGCCCUCUUUCCCCGAGGAUGGAGUUGGAGUGGGGUCUCUGUUCCUUCCAAGGGGGUGUUAACUGCUGGCAUUUGGCUUUACAGGGCAAGGUUGCCCUGUCUUUUGGAAGCGAGUCCCUGCUGUUCUGAGAUAAAACCCCCCGGAGCCACCAGUGAGAGAUCACCCUGGGGGUUUAUGCUCUUCUCUAGGGGAUAGUGCUGGUUUUAAAGGCCCAACUGUGUGAGGAUCCCCAGGAAGGCAUGCUGAGGCUAUGUGUGCUUUUUCAGCCCCCAAAUUCUGCAUCAGUGCCAGGCUCCAGCCUGAGCACCUGAGCCCAGCCAGCUGCCUCUUGCCAGCAGCAGCUUGCAGGAUUUCUGCAACACUUUCCAGAGCUGCAAAGGAAAAGAGGGCACAUAAAACUGCUGCUUCAGUAUGUGCAUCUCUGCCCAGCGGUAUUUAAUCUUAGUGCUGAUGCAGAUGAUGAACCUGAUGAGGCAGGAGAAAUGUGAAACAGCUGUUGGAGUGCAUUUCCCUUAUUUACUCCAUUUCCCUCCUCUAUUCUCCCUCCUUCUUGGUUUGCCCUACAUGUGUUUAUAAAUUAGCCCUGCAGAAACAGAUGGUUACAGGCAGGAGGCGAGUUUGUAUUUGAUGCUGUAGCCUGUUGCAAAUGCUGCACUGUUUUGUUCAUUUUAUUUUUUAAUCAACAGAUUGUAAUUUAUGCCUAUGCAAGAAAAAAAAGACCAAGACAAAUAAAUUAUAUCAAAACU